AUGGCAACAACUAUAAAAAAUGCUCUCAAAAACCCAAAUAUUAACAAUAACAAUCAUCCACCUAAAAACAACAUUAACACCCCACCAAUCAACGAAAUUGCAAGUUCCAAUCGCAAUAAUAACCCACUUCAAAAUAGUGGUUCAAAAGCUACACUAAAUGAAUCACUUGAUAUUAACAAUCAAUCCCAAAACAAUAAUGAAAUUUCACACAAAAGAUUCACUGAAAACCCAAACAAUCAACACAAUUCCUACCAAAAAGCUGUUGACACACUACAACUACUUAUAUCAAAACUUCCACCUCGUCCAACAAUCUCAAUUCUCACUGAACUCAAUUCAUCACCAUUACAACUUAAACAUGAUUUUCCCGAUCAUAUCAUCUCUGUCACCAAACGAGGAAAUGGUGUAAUCAUCCUUAACCAUAACCCAAACACACUCAAACUCAAACACAUAUCAACAAUUGAUGGUAGAGCUAUUUUAGUAGACGUUAUAUUUCCAAAUCAAUUACCAAUUGGUAUUCUUGGAAUUUACGCACCAGCAUCAAAUAAUACCAUCAAAAAGAAUUCAUAUUCAACUUCACUACAAACACUUCCCCACAUCCACUCAACAAACCCAAUACCAAACCAAUCCCAACAUGUGUCUAUUAUCGCAGGAGAUUUCAACUGUAUCCACAACGACAAUUCACUAUUAUAUGAUAUUAUCCAAUCCUACACAUACCAACACCGUCUAAUUGAUCAAGGUGAAUUUAAAAACACUCCAACUCAUACACAUGGCAACAGAUUAGAUAGAAUAUAUACUCAAUACAAUAGAAUAGACCCUGAAAAUAUAUAUUCACAAGUCCACCAAAUUCCAUCUUCAUUAUCAGAUCAUAAUCCAGUAUCAACAACAAUUUCUUCACCUUUUCAAAUAAAAAAACAUAAGAAAAGAUGGAUAUUAUCAUCUGGUACUGCAAAUGACCAUGAAGCAAUCAAUAUUAUCAAUCAUUUAAUAACUAAUCACAAUAACACAUCAAUCAAUCAAUUUUCAAAUUGGUCAAAAGUAAAAUCAAAAAUUAUUAAAACUCUAAAAAACUAUCAAUAUAACAAAGACAAACAAACUCAACGUGUAAAACAAAUACCAUUAGAAAAAGCAGCAAAAUUCAAACAUCUUGAAGAACAAUGCAUCGCUGAAUACAAUAAUAUAUGUAACAAAAACAAAUUACAUCAAAACCACACAAACAUAUUAAAAAAACAUAUUAGAUCAAAAGAUGCAAAAAUUGAAUCAAUCCAAUAUGGUAACAUCAUUACAUCCGACCCCGACCAAAUUGAAAAUGCUUUUGUUGAAUUCUACACAAAUCUAUAUAGCUUACAAAUAUGUUGUCCAAUUACUCACCAGCUCAUGCUAAACACAUGGCCCAUCAUAAAAAAUGAAUAUUGGAAUGGUUUAGACUCACCAUUUAUACAAGAUGAAGUUGAAGCUGCAACAAAUCACUCGGUCCAGAUGGCGUUACAAAUGCAUUCUACAUUAAUCAUUUAA